GCGUGAGGGUUGGCAACCAAAGGGCAACAAAGAUGCGUACACGCGGUAGGGCACUCAAGGAUCCAGAGCCUGUGGUGGAGGUAACAUCGGGGGAGGCAAAGGGGAGUGACAUUGCUAAGGACACUCCCGCAGCCGCUCCACAAGCUGAGGAGAGUAAGGGCGAAGAGACCGCGCCCGUGGCCACAGCGGUGGAGAGCGCCGAGGCAAAAGCCGCCGACGCUACCAUUAAUGGCGAGAACGGCAACGGUAUAGCCCCUCCUGCGGUUGCUGCUGCCGAGAAUUCGGGAGCAAACAGCAAUGACGGGGACGUCAAGCCUUCCAUUCAAAACAGCCUGGAAGGAGCGGCGGCAGUCUCAGCGGCGGAUGACGCUAAGCCCACCAAUGCAGUAGCAGGCGCCAACAACAGCAAUGGCACGGCUGCUGCCUCAUCCAGCGGUCCGGGUAAUGGGGAAGUAGCUGCUGCUGGCACUGCCGUUGACAAGGAGGGAGCGGAGAAUGGCGAAAUCACCGCGGGGGAUAUCAAGGCGGGAAAGGAUGACAGAAACAGCGGCGGCGAGGAAGGGAAGAAGACAGGAGGGGCGGCGGCGGGUGAUGCGGACAUGGAGGUCGAGCCUCCUCCGAAGGAAGAUGUGAUGGUGGACUACACCGACGAGUUCGGCCGCGUCCGCCAAAUGUUGCAGAGCGAGGUGGACAAGCUGAAGGACAGGAGGUCGAGCAGGGGAGACAGGAGCCGUGACGAUCGCCGCUCCUCCCGCCGCAGCCGAAGCCGCGACCGCAGCCGUGACCGCGGGCGGGGGGGCAGGGACGGCAGCCGCGACAGGGACAGGGACCGGGGCCGCUACAGCAGAGACUCGCGCGAUCGGGACCGCGGCGGCAGGAGGGACUCGCGAGACCGGUUCUCUCGGUACGGCGGGGGNGGAGGGUACCGCGACAGAGACAGGGGGGGUGGUCGUGAGGACAGGGGUGGUGGAGGGUUCCAACGCAGGGACUCCGGACGUGACAGCGACAGAGGACCCCCUAUGCGCGGAGUAGACAGCAGAGGUGGGGGGUUUUCCGGUGACAGCCGAAACCCUCCACCCACCGGGGGACGGGGAAGGGGCAUGGUCCUUCCAGCGUGGCUGGUCGCCCAGAAGAACGCUCAAAUGGGUGGACCGCCCGCUCCCGGUGUCGCCGGGGCCCCUCCCUCGCAGCCCCCCCCCCAGCCACCCUCGUUCGGGGUCCCUCCGCCGACAGCUCCUCACAACGGCGUGGGUGCUCCUCCCCCCGCAGCCCCCGGCGGCUUCAAGCCGGAUGGCAGGAGCCAGGGCGCGCCGCCGACUAGGUCGUCCGGUCAGCAGUCGCGCUUCGGACCGCCCCCCACUGGCCCGCAGCAGCAGCAGCAGCAGCAGCAGCAGCAGCAGCAGCAGUACCAACCCCAACAAGGUCAGCAGCGGCCACCCAUGCCUCCUCACGGACAGCCUCAAGACGGAGGGCGCCCGAACACCCAGAUGGCGCCCGGACAGCAGCAGCAGCAGCAGCAGCAGGGAGGGAGGACCUCACAGGCAGACCAGUUCUCUAACCGUCCCCCUUCGGGCUUUGGCGCGCCCCCGACCCACCAGCCUCCCACGCACCAACCCCCUACUCACCAGCCGCCUGGCUUUGGCGCACCGCCAUCGUCCGCGCCCCCGCAGUCCCCGCAGUUCCCUACCCAGCAGAACCAGGGAUUUUCCACUCAGCAGCAGAUCGGUGGGCAGCAGCCCAGUCAGGCGAACCAGCAAGGCUUCGUACGGGUAGCGGCGCCCGGCCCCGCCGGCGGCCCCGCGGGAGCACCCCAGUUCCUCCCUCAGCAGCAACAACACCAGCAACCCCAGUUCCCCCCCCAUCAGCAGCCACCGCAGCAGCAGCCAAGUUCUGCGGCGAGCGCCCCGCAGCAGCCUCCCGUGCAGCCGCAGCCUGGUCAUCAGCUCAUGACGGCACCGGGGCAGUACGCCGGCGGUGCCCAGUACGGCGCUCAGCCUGCUGCGGCGACGUCGUCUACGCCGAAGCCCCAGGUUCUUGGAGUGAGCAGCAGCACUCCGGCGCCUGCGGCCGCGUCUCUGGGAGCGCCGCACUUCGACGCGUACGGUCGCCCGAUUCCCCAAUCGCAGCAGCAGUCUACCCAACAGCAGCCCCCGCAGCAGCAGCUGCCCCAGCAACCCCCGCUGCACCAGCCCCCGCUGCACCAACCGCCUCAGCUGGACCCCUACGGUCGUCCAAUCCCCCAGGCCCAGCAACAGCAGCAGCAGCAGAAGCCCACGCAGCUGGACAUGUACGGUCGCCCGAUGCCCCAGCAGGCGCCGCAGCAGCAGCAGCAACAGCAGCAGCAGCAGCAGCCUCAACAGCAACCGCCGCAGCAGCAGGCAGCUACUCAGCAGCAACAACCUCCUCAGCUGGACAUGUACGGUCGACCUCUGCCCCAAGCGCAACAGCAGCAGGUGACACAAGCACCGGCAACGUUUGCUCAGUACCCGCCACAAUCCCAGGCGCCGACCCCCGCUCCGGCUCCAACACCGACACCGGCUCCCACCUCGGCACCGGCACCGUCGCCGGCCCCAGCUCCUACGCCUGCAGCACCAGCAACUCCAGCGUUGCCUCCCGGUUGGCAAGCUGUCCCAGACAAGAGCAGCGGGGACACCUACUACUGGAACAAGGCCACGGGUCAAACAACGUGGGACUUCCCCACCAAGUAGAGGCAGGAAGCUUAAGGGUGUUUGUGCGGUUUUGUGAUUGCACAGUAUUUUCUGUAGCAGGGAUCGAAAUGUGAAAUUUUCCACGCCUGAUUGUCGCAUGUCCUCGUGACUGUGACGUCCGCUGCACCACGACCGCGCCCUUCGCGUGGAGAUGGUGUAUGGAGUGCGAUUCCUUUCGAG